GAUUCCGUUACCGCUAUAUCGUUCGUUGCCUUGGGUACAUCUGUACCUGAUACCUUUGCAUCGAAGGUGUCGGCCGUACAGGAUAAGUACGCUGAUAAUUCAAUCGGUAAUGUGACUGGAUCGAAUGCUGUCAAUGUAUUUUUGGGUAUUGGGAUUGCCUGGUCUGUAGCUGCGAUUUACCACUUCUUUAAUGGUACAAGGUAA